AUGAAUUUAACACGAGAAAAUUUUCGUGCAAUGAUUUUUUAUGACUUUCGAUGUCAUUUAAGUCAACAAGAAAGUUAUGAUAGACUACGAUUGGCCUUUCACGAUGAAGCCCCAUCUCGUGCGACUGUUUACAACUGGUUUAAUGAGUUUAAACGUGGUCGCACUAAUCUCACUGAUGAUUUACGUGAGAGACGGCCUUCUACGGCGACGACUGAAGAUAACAUCUGUGUUGUACGGCGUAUGAUAGAGACUGACAAAAGAGUGACCUAUCAGCAGAUUCGGACAAGCUUAGGCAUCGUUAUGAGUCAAGUGCACAAAAUCCUCCACGAACAUUUAGCGGUCAGGAAGCUUUGCGCCCGGUGGAUACCUCAUAAUUUGACUGAGGCUCAAAAACUCCAUCGUGUGGAUUGGUGCCGUAAAAUGAUUGAAAGAUUUAACGGAGGUGACUCAAAUGCUGUGUUCGACAUACUAGCAGGUGACGAAAGCUGGAUUUACUGUUAUGAUCCUGAAACCAAAAGACAAUCUGCUCAGUGGGUGUUUCCUUUCGAGGAGUUGCCAACUAAAGUGAAGAGAGAUCGAAGUGCGGGAAAAAAAAUGGUGGAACGUCCAAAGAACGAGUUUGGAAGGAUAGGUCAUUUCGCAACAAUUAUGUUAGAGGAUCAAAAAACAGUUUCUGCAGAAUGGUACACUACCAAUUGUUUGCCACUUGUCUUCGAGAGAAACGACCUCGCAGUAGGAUCCUCCUUCACCACGACAACGCCUCGUCGCACACCGCCAAGCGAACGAUCGACUAUUUGGCGACAUCAAACGUUGAAUUAUUGGGUCACCCGCCGUAUCAGUGGCUAA